ACGAAGUUUCGUUACGAAAAUAGUAUUUUCAGUGAGUCGUAUUUUUACGUUCAGUGUGACAUUGAUUUGUGUCAAGUGUUCUAACGUAAUAAAUAAACAAAUAAUUAUUAUUCGGAUUAUUUACGGCAGCAAUUAAAAGGAUUAUCAUAUCGAUAUUAAAUCGUUCAGAAGUUAGAGUGUAUGUGAUGGAGUUCAGUGACGUGUACGAAUAACAAAUAUGUGGUCAAGAUGAAGCUGUGGAAGAGCCUUAAGAUAUCGAUAGGCAAAACUGACCCCAAGGGUUACCAGCAAGGCCUCCCGCAGUGGGGACAGGGCUAUGAAUUAGAUGUUUUCAAAUCACAGACAUCGCUUUCAACAGACUCGGGUCUCUGUACUGAGCGAGGGUUAAGGAGAACCCACAUUGAGCUGAUAAAACCUCCGGGAAAACGAAUCGGCCUAAAACUGGCAGGUCGAUCAGAACCAGGAGUAGUGCCGUCUAUCGUAGGUUUUACCAAAGAUUCAGUGGCACAUGAAUCAGAUCGUCUCGCUCCAGGGGAUCGAAUCUGCAGCGUGAAUGGAAUAUCUACUGCAAGACUCACUAAUGAAGAAGUAUUGCGAUUAUUAGAUAAUGUUGAGGAGAGAGCAUCUUUGGAAGUCGAAUACUAUAUGCCUAAUUAUGGAUCAUUUAGUUCAAAUUCUCUUUCAGCGUCUCAAAAUUCAUUGUACAUUACAACCAAGCUAGCAGAGGUGCCGGUCGAGAAAGUUAAUGGUUCAUUAGGUGUAACUAUACGAGGAGGUCUGCCAGAAAACUCGGCACCCAGUGCAGACUUGGUACUAAAUAGUCGAUCAUUAGACGCUCUGCCCUUAGUCGUUACACAUGUUAGACCAGGUGGAGCAGCUUAUAAUACUUCAAGGAUUAAACCUGGAGACAGACUAUUAAAAGUCGAUCAUAUAUCAUUAACAAAUAAAACAUUAUCAGAAGUACAUCAAAUUCUACAAAACUGCCCACAAGUGACAAGUUUAACAAUUGAAUACGAUGUAUCAAUCAUGGAAUCCGUUAAGAUGGCCACUGGACCUUUACUAAUUGAAAUCGAGAGACCAUGUAAUGAGGAUUUGGGACUGUUCUUAAGCAAUCAGAGAUAUUCGGAUGACGUAUACAGCUCUGGGUCGGAUACUUAUCAAAGAGUUGGGACUUGUAAUGCUAUUUAUAUUGAUAGUAUUUUGCCUGCGAGUAUAAGUGACAGAUGUGGUGCAUUACAUCCUGGCGAUCAGCUGUUAGCUUUUGAUGAUCAUGUCAUAGAUGGAAACAAUUACACGGCAGAAGAAGUUAUGUGUUAUCUUGAAAAUUGUGAAGCUGGAUUUACGCGGUUACACGUCGCACCAAGACACGUUCUAGCUCAUGGCGGAAGGUUCACGAGAGAAAACUCGAUGUCUGGUGCUUCAACGUUAAAUCCAAAAAAACCGAGACAAAGAAAUUACAGGCAAAGUUCGAUGCCAAAACUAGGACUACAAGAUGAUUAUGAUGGGCAGCAGAAUUACAUGAACAUGGGAGUAUGUAGGACAGAAUCGUUGAAUAUACAGUUAGAAGUGCCCCCGGGACAAACUAGCGGUUUGGCUGUUCAUGAUGAAAAUGCUACCUUAAUUAUUUCACAUGUUGCAACACAAUCUCCUGCAUUCAGAUCCGGGUGUCUACAGAUAAGAGACAGGGUGAUGUCGAUCAAUGGUCAUGAAAAUUUAACAGCGGAUGUCGCGAAUGAGAUAUUACAAAGGCGAAACGAUUCACAUAAUCCAAAAUAUUUGACAUUAAACGUGGAAUUUAGUAUGCCGAAUACAAUAGAAGCUUCAAGUGGGGUGUUUAAUGUAAAACUAGCUAAAACAUCGGCAGGACUUGGUGUUACAAUAACAGGCUGUAAGCAAAAACUCCUCAGUAACGAAGAACCAAUGGUAAUAUCAGAUAUCAAACCUGGUUCAGUCGCACACAGAAGUGGCGCACUCGCACCUGGCGAUCAGCUCUUGGCUAUCAACAGUCAACCGUUGCAUAACUUAUCUUUGGAUACAGCUUUCAAUAUAUUACAAAACUCACCCGAAGAUAUAAUAACAUUGAAAAUCCGCAAACGUGACCUCACCGAAGACUGGUCGAAUAUCCACAAACAUAAUGCCAAGUUGACUUUACAAAGUUUUAGUAAUAUUGAAACUAAGGCUGUAGUUCACAGUGGAGAAGAUUCAGGCCAUCAUACAGAUAGUCCUAAUAAUAGUGCAAAGGAAAGCGAAAGAAGUCACGGUAGCGACAAUGGUAAUACGGCAGUUUUUAUGAUCGAAAUAAUAAGACAGGAAAAUGGACCAUUAGGUUUGACGAUCGCGGGAAGUGAGGAUGUAACACAACCAAUCCUAUUAAGCGGACUUGUUGAAGGAGGGUUAGCAGAAAAAUGUGGUAAAUUGGCAAUAGGAGACGAAUUGCUCAGCAUUAAUGGAGAAAGUGUAUUAAAUAAACCUCUGUCUGAAGCGAUAAAAUUAUUACAGCAAAGUGGACAGCGAGUUCAAUUGCAGAUGUGUAGAAAAGUGACAGAUUGUGCUGAAUCGAGCGUAAGAGAUUCAAGUCAUUCAACUUCCAGCCCGGGACUAUCAAACGAUAGUGCAGUAGAAUCCUGGGAUCAGAACACUCCCGUCAGGACUAGUGCUAAUUGUGGUAAUUCGGAUGUAAUAGAAUAUGCGGUACCAGAUAAAAGUCGAAUAUUAGAUAAGCAGCCCUACUCACCAACAGAUGAAGAUAAACUUAUGGCAUCCAGUUUCAAUUCGGCGGCCCCUUACAGCAUUCACGAUCUACCGCUACCUAACUACUCACUAAAUAAUUCUCUCAAGACUUUCCAUUACGAAAAUACUUGUAUAAUACCAGAUAAUACUUUGAAAAACAAACAGAAUAUAACGAGAGAGGACGACGUACAGCAAAUAGAAAUACUUACGUCGAAUAUGAAGGACUGCCAGUUACAUAAUAUGGAGAAGUCAUCCUGUAAAUGCGAUUACGUCCAAAUGGGACCGUACGGUAUCGUUUCGCCGAAAAGUCGACGACCGAACUGGGAUAGCGAUUAUUUAAAUAAUGGAAUUUAUACCGUCACGACGCCUCAAAAGUCUCCGCUAAAACCGACCGUGCCAGGAACUAGCUUUCAAUUCUCUGCUAGUCCUAUUUAUGAAAAUGAUAUGCCAAGCCUCUACAGUAGCGAAACUCUUUCACCCGCAAGAGGGUCCAUACACCAUGUAAUUCUAUACAAGGAUGCUAUUUAUGAUGACUACGGUUUUUCUGUAUCGGAUGGUUUAUAUGAACGGGGAGUUUAUAUUAAUAGAAUAAGAAAAGGCGGGCCAGCGGACAUUGUCGGUCUGUUAAGGCCUUAUGAUAGAAUCUUACAGGUGAACGGAACGAGAACGGUUGACUACGAUUGUUGUCUAACAGUUCCAUUGAUAGCUGCUGCCGGAGACAGGCUAGAGAUCGUAGUGCAACGGAUGGCAACAUCUAGAGACCUCAAAAAUCACAGACUAGAAGAUAGUUCCAGCCCAAGUGAUAGUAGUAUCGUGACUAAGACCAUUUAGUGUAUAACACGACUUUAGUGAAGUGACAUAAACAAUUUGAAGUUGUAGAUUUGCGAGUUACUUCCUAAUAUCGUCGGUUAAUCUAACAUGUACUUACUAUAUUAUAUAUAAGUGAAUAAUGUAUUGUAAAUUAAUAAUUAUUAUUAUAUAAUGAAUGAUGAAGAGUGUGGGACUUCUAGGUAUUUUGUAAUGCUCAAGUCGCUCGUCUUCAUUUAAAACUAUCGAUUUUAUUAUUGAAGAUUGUUUUAUUUGGAAAAUAUUUACAUAUAUGUUUUGUUUCAAUUAAAUUCAAAUAUACAGCAUUUUUAUUGAUAUAAAUUAUAUAUAUUUGAAAUAUGAAAUAAUUUUUUACCAAAGUUGUAUAUAUAAAUAAAUUUACCAAAGAAAAAUUUCAGCUAUAGGUAAUGUUUUAAAUAAGAAGACAAUGAAAUAUUUGAUAAACGCUUUUUAUAUAAUUCUGACAUAUGCUUAGAUAUGUUUUAUAUAAUAGUGAUUUUCGCUUGUAUAAAAACGCAAAAUAUAAAUAUAAUUCAUAACAGUCAUAAACUCCUGACAAAAUAAUAUACUUCGUAAAUUAGGAUCAGAAAUACAGCCGACAGCAUUUCGGUCUGGAUAUAAGCCAAACACUCUAUCUUUACUACAGAAAUCUUCGAAAAAUACAGCUUUUUAAAAUUUGUUGAACAAUAUUUUAAAAUAGAAUCAGGUCGCUAUGAAAUUCGAUAUAAAAACAUACAUAGGACAGAAUUUCAUA